AUGAGCACCAAUAAAUCCGAAGACGAUGUUCUUGAACUUUUAAAUUCCUUAGAUAAAAAUGGUUCUUCUGUAGAGGCGAACUCUACAGCUACAGAGGACAGUACCCAAAGAAACAAAGAAGACGACGAUAUUUUGGGCUUUUUGGAUUCUUUAACUGAGACACCUAAUGAUAAAACUAAAUCUGAUGAAGUGGUUAAUGAUAGUGCAAUUCAGGAAACAAACACAAAAAAUAUAACUACGUCUGAUUCAGCUAAUUCUACUUUGAUUGAUGAGUUAAAAGUUGAUAAUGACGAAAUACCAGGUUUACCUGAUCCUAUUUCUUCAUUGACUUCUUGGUGGAAUAAAAGUAAAGGCGGAUUAUGGGAUACGGCCACAACUGCAGUAAAACAAGCAGAGGCCAAAGUCAGAGAACUUCAACCUGAGGUUUCACAAACUCAAAAGCAUGCUAUGGAAUCUCUCAAUGAUUCUAUUUCAAAGUUCAAAUUAAAUAGCGGUUUACUACACUCAACUCUUUCAUCCGUCCUUGAAACCAUUGCACCUCCAAUCGUCAGACAUGAACAACUUCAUAUUCAUGUUUUUCACGAUAUGGUGGGUUAUCCUUCGAUUGACAAUAUUGUAUACUCAAUUUUUGAAAGGGUUAUGCAACAAGUUGAGGGUGGUGGCCCUCUUGUUAUGAAUGUGCAAAAAGGAAAGGAACGUCACAGAAGAGGGUCUGAUACAGUAGAAACUCAUGAACUUAAUAUUUUUAAAGGACCAGUUGAUCAUGCCCAAAAGCUUGCUGCAGCUAGCGUUGACGAAUUUUUGCAUAAUACAGAAAAAAUUAAACCUGGGAAACCUGAUGAAACACCUUCUAAAGACACCAUAAUCAUUGAUGAAGAAGGCCUAGUAUCAUCUACCAUUCCUGACCAAACGUCAUUUGUUCGAUCGUCUAAUAUAUAUCUUUCGAUUCAACCCUGCUCUACAGACACAGAAAACACAAACCAAUCUAAAGAUGCAUUAAAUGAUAAAUCUGUUAUCAUCUCAUCUUCUUCACCUCGUACGUUUCAAUUUGUGAUUUAUCUGAAUGACCCUGAUCAUGAAAUUCAGUUUUCUACGGUAUCACAGUCAUUUCCUCUUCAAUGGGCCGAAUGGCUUGACAGUCCUGAUAGCAAAUUUGAAAAUAGUAAUGUUGAUCCUCGAGAGUGGGUUGUUGAUUGGGUUGAGGAAGGACUUGGCCUGUCAAUUGGUGUUGUAGCCCAAAACUACGUAUGUAAACGAAUGGGGACAACAUAA